AUGAAUGAUAGCUUUUAUAUCCCCCCACUGUCGCCGGAAGAAGCUCAGCGGCAGCUGGCGAUGCAACAGAAUGGACCACAACGAAGUCGAGAUCAUGGCCAGAGUGUGAUGGCCGUCAAUACGGGGAAUUUCGGAGGUAUGGGCCCAACGAGCCCUCUGUCGACGACCAUGGAAGGCUUGCCCAUGUCGGCAGGCGAGUCGCUGGACGACAUUGUCAGUCAGAAUAAUCGGGAGUUUCAGCGGAGGCGGAGCAUGCCCCAUCCAUUCCCGAGCCAGCUAUCGCCGCACGAGGUCGACCGCCGCCUAUCGAUGAUGGAUUUCAGCAACCCCGGCGAUAGUAUCCCGGAGUUCUCAUUCGCCUAUCCCAACAGCGCGACCCUACCGAAUAGCUCUGGGCAAUUCCCGCAGCCGGGGCUCAUGGGGAUGUCUAGCCAGACAGGAUUUGGCACCCUCUCCCCGAACUCGAUCUCCAUGGACACCUUCUCCAAUAUGGAUAUGGGAUCAAUGGGCGCGAACCAAAAUACCCUGAACAUGUUCGACCCGUCUGAUCUAAGCCCUCAGUACCCGCCUGGCACUCUCGGCGCUAUCAAUCCGGACUUUGCCAUGGACAUGGGCAUUGAGAAUACCGCUAUCAGCGCGCCCAGCGUCAACCCGAUGACCGGGUUCUCUCUGGGGGGAAACGGCUCCAUGAUGCAUGACGCCGGUGAGACGUUCGACACCACGUCCGUCCCUCAGGAAACCUCCAACCUCCUCACGGCUCCGCAAAUGGGCCAGCUCCAGCCCAACCCGCCAUGUCCCAAACCGCGCGAAGCAUCAGUCCCCUCAACAUUCCACUCGCCAGCAUCAGGCACGUCUCGGGCCAUGUCCCACUCCAGUGCCGCCCAGCCGAGCAUUCCCCUCACACCAGCUUCGACCGUGCGAACCAACUCCGGUCCGGUCCGCCCCGCGGGCGUCGGAUCACGCGAUCCUAAAAAGGACGUCUACUCGAAAAGUGGGUUCGACAUGAUGCGAGCCCUGUUCUACGUCGCGAAGAGGAAAAACCCCACGAUUGAGAUCGGCGCCGUCGACUUGUCGUGCGCCUUUGUCGUCACGGACGUGACGCUCAACGACUGCCCCAUCAUCUACGUGUCGGACAAUUUCCAGAACCUCACCGGGUACAACAGGCACGAGAUCGUCGGCAAGAACUGCCGGUUUCUGCAGAGCCCGGACGGUAUUGUCGAGGCGGGGUCAAAACGUGAGUUCGUGGCGAACGAUGCCGUCUUGAAGCUCAAGAAUGCCGUCGCGGAAGGGAAGGAGAUACAGCAGAGCUUGAUCAAUUACCGCAAAGGCGGCAGGCCGUUCCUGAAUUUGCUGACCAUGAUCCCUAUUCCGUGGGAUACCGAGGAGAUCAAGUACUACAUCGGCUUUCAGAUCGACCUGGUCGAGUGUCCCCAGGCCAUCUCCGGGGACCCCGACUGCAUGCAAGUCAACUACCAACACAGCGACAUCGGCCAAUACUGUUGGGCGCCUCCGAGCACAUCCCAAUGGGAGGCGGAAAGCGGCCAGACCCUCGGCGUUGACGACGUCUCUUCCCUUAUCCAACAAUACAAGCCCAAGGCCAUUGCCUCGGAAUGGCACAAGCAGUCCUGGGACAAGAUGCUGCUGGAAAACACCGACGACGUGAUUCACGUGCUCUCCCUCAAGGGCCUUUUCCUCUACCUCUCGCCGGCCUGCAAGAAGACGCUCGAGUACGACCCCUCCGACCUGGUCGGCACCUCCCUCUCCUCCAUCUGCCACCCGUCCGACAUCGUGCCCGUCAUGCGCGAACUCAAAGACGCCCAACCGAACACGUCGGUCAACAUCGCCUUCCGCAUCCGCCGCAAACACUCGGGCUACACCUGGUUCGAGAGCCACGGCACGCUCUUCUGCGAGCCGCAGGCCAAGGCGCGAAAAUACCUUAUCCUCGCGGGCCGCAAGCGGCCCGUCUUCUCGCUUCGCCGGCGCGACGUCGCCCUCCACUCGCCCAUCGGCACGGGCGGCGACAGCGAGAUCUGGUCCAAGAUCUCCACCUCGGGCAUGUUCCUGUACGUCUCGUCCAGCGCCAAGUCACUGCUCGACCUCCUGCCGCGCGACCUCGAGGGCACCAGCAUGCAGGAGCUCAUUCGCAAGGAGUGCCGCGCCGAGUUUGGAAGGGCCAUCGAAAAAGCUAGGAAGGGCGCCAUCACCAGCCUUAGGCAUGAAGUGCUCCAUAAGAGGGGCCAGCUUGUCACUGCCCAAACCGUCUUCUACCCCGGGGGCGGUGGAGUGGGCGUGCCCACGGAAGGCGGGCCGAGCUUUUUGAUCGCGCAGACGAGGCUCUUGAAGGGGGCCGGGAGGGUUAUUGCCGCGGGGAAGGGCGGUAGCAGUGGUAUUCUAACGUUGGGUGGUGCUGGUAGUGGUGGCGAGGAUGCGAUGACGGGUGUGACGAUGGGCAACCUGCCGGCGCCGGUACCGACGGGGGCGUAUCCGGACUCGUCGACGGACGAGGACGAUGACGAGGGCGACAUCUUUGCCGAGCUCAAGACCACGCGGUGCACGUCCUGGCAGUACGAGCUCAGGCAGAUGGAGAAGGUCAAUCGGCUGCUGGCGGAGGAGCUCACGCAGCUGAUGGCCAACAAGAAGAAGCGGAAGCGGAGAAAGGGCGGCGGCACCGGGUACGGCACGGGAGGGAACGGGACGAAUGUCAUGGUUACUAACGAAAACAAGACGGGCAAGGUCUCGCCGAGAAAUGCCUCCCGCGGCAGUAGCGAUGCCGGCGCUAGCAACAAGCGAGCGAGCACCAGCACGGCAAGCACAGCCUCUCCCGCCGGAGCAUCACCUUUGCGAAGAGAGGUGUCAGCCGAUGACGGGAGCGUUGUCAGUUUCGGCGAUGGAAGCGGCAGUGGCAGUAGUGGCAGCAGCGGCAGCGGCGGUAACGGUAUGGGGAUGGUGUCUAUUAAAGAGGAGUAA